AUGCUGGUGCUCAACUGCUCCAUGAAGCUGCAGAUGCUGGAGAAAAUGCUAAGGUUGAGUUUCCCUGAGUCCCUCAAGGUUUAUGGAGCUGUGAUGAACAUCAACAGAGGGAACCCCUUCAGGAAGGAAGUGGUGGUGGACUCAUGGCCAGACUUCAAAGCUCUUAUCACCCGGCCACAAAAGGAGAAUGAAAUGGAUGACCUUGACCAUUACACCAAUGCUCAUGCAGUUUUCUACAAGGAGCUACAAGCUUACCAGGAGCUACUGGAAAACACAAAUGCCAUCAACUGGGGACAAAUUUUUCAGAUACAAGGGCUUCAGGAUGGAAUAUGUGAAAUAUCCAGAACUGUGGCUUUAUCUAAGCAGGUAGAUGUGAAAACAUCCUCUUUCCAGAUGGUUAUCCAUUCAGACCCGGACAUGCUGCCAGACGUCAGACUUCAGAUGGACCCUAAAUUAACGCUGACUUACCUGGACAUCUCCCAUGCCAGCCUGCUCAGCAAAACCUGGUCACGAGGAGGCAACCCAAGGAGCCAGAAAUACCUUGCAAAUCUCAUUUGCAGCUUCCCCAGUGUCUGUGUCCUGGGUGACAAAGGGUAUCCCCUCUCCUGGAGCCUGACAGACCAGUUUGCCACCAUGAUUCAUGUUUAUACUCUUCCAGAGCAUCGGAGGAAGGGUUAUAGCAGGCUUGUGGCUACCACUUUAGCUAAGAAAUUACAUAGCCAUGGUUUUCCAGCACAGGGUAAUGUCCUGGAGACGAAUAUACCAUCAAUAACAUUGCUGAAAAGCAUGAAUGCCCAGUUUCUUCCCUGCCCAUUUUUCAGAGUGAUUCAUACGCCUUUUCGUUUUUUAGCUAAAUCUCACUUAUAGCCAGACCCCACAAACCUCUACAUUCAGAUCAACUUUUGUGCACUGCAGGAGCACUUUGGCGGAAUUUAAUAACUUAGGUGAGAUCAGAAAUCAUACCAGAGUUUCCUGCAUAAACCUAAAGUUGAAGGUAUUAAUGGCUCAUGACUUUUCUGCUCAGGGAAAACUGCCCAUGGCAAGUCCGAAAUACUUAGGAAUGAUUGUAUGUUUAAUGGUUUUGUUUUAAUUCAACCAAUUGUACUGCUUCUGACUGAAGAAUUAUUCCUUCUGUAUAACCAUUUUCUGGGAUAUCUACAGCAGAAUCCUUGGACAUCUCUAACCCCUUCUGUCUAUCGUGGUGUAAACCCUCAAGCCUCUCCUUUCCCUCACAUGGCCUAAAAGAGAUUAGUAUGUGAAAUUAAGAAGCUGAGAAACCUGCAAGGAACAAUCUGAAUUAAAGAAAAACUUUAUAAACAAGUCUUUUAAUAUUUAAUACAGGAACAAGUCUGUUUCCUUUCUACUGGGUUUGUCUUUAUGCUCAAGACAAAUCUGUCUAUGUAUCUUCCACUCAUGGUAGAGCUAAGCAUGCAAAGGCUGGAUAAAAAGUCUUGCAGAUUUUAACCUCAACACAUAGAUAUUUUAUCACAAGUCGGGAGGGCUUGCUAGAAGUCAUUUCCAUCAAUUCUUUAAAUAAAUAAUGUCAAAUGCUUUGCAAAUGCUCCUUCUGGGAGCAGAAGUAAGUCUCACUGUUUUCACAUCAGUCUAAAAUUCACUUAAAAUUUGCCAGACAGAAGCUGUGAGAUAUCUACGUUGUCUCUCAAUCGAGAAUGUCCAAGUGUAGAUGUGUAUUGGGAGCAACAAUGAGGAUUUCAGGCUGGUGAGGGGUCUGGAGGACAAACCUUAUGAAGAACGACUGAGGGAGCUGGGGUUGUUUAGCUUGGAGAAGAGGAGGCUGA